AUGGCGUCGUCGGACUCAUCGGUCGAUCUAGUGACCAUUGACGCUCUCGAGCUGCUGGGCGACAACUCGGCUGCCAACUGGCACUCCUAUGCUCAUUCCGUCGAGGUGUUGCUCUCCUCGGUCAUCGUCAACGGAUAUACCCUUCGCUCCAUCGUGUUCCUGGAGGAGGGUGGACUCCAGCCCAUCGCUCCUUCCGCCCCCACUGGACCUGUUCCCGAUGAGCCCGGACCCGAACCCGAGCCUCCUGGUGAUCCCCCCUCCUUCGCGAAAGAUGUUCACAACCUACAAAGCGUGGAGUCUGCCAUUCGUGCCUAUCGUACCUCACUCAACGACCACCUUCGCCGCCAACUGCGCUACGACGAUGACAAGCGCAUCUACGACAGUGCUGCUGCCCGCCACCGUAAAUACCAAGCCCAGUUCGCCACUUACACUACCCGCCUUACCACCUACACCACUAAUAUCGCAGCGUGGCGCGUUGCUGAUCGUCGCGCCCUCACUAUCCUCCUCGCCACCAUCCCCUCCUCCCUCAAACGAGAGCUCUCCCCCACCUCCUCCUCCCACCUGUGGCAACUGUUAGUCGACCUCUUUGACCGCCAGGACAUCGCCACUCUCUAUGCACUCAUUAAGGAAUUCGGAUCCAUCACCAUGGACUCCACCGCCGGUGCAGCUGCCUUUACUCGUCGAGUCCUUGACCUCGCUCGCCGCCUUGCAGCGCUCGGUGUUGUCUACCCUGACACCGUCAUCUGCUGCCACCUUCUCGAGGGUCUCACUCCUGCCUUCGAUGCCCAUAAGCUGGCAUACAUGCAGCUCCUCUCCAAGCAUGACACUCCCGCUCAAGUUGCGCAAUGGAUCAUCACCACUGAAGCUGAAAUCCUGCGCCACUCCUCCUCCACUGCCGCAGCAGCACAGCAGCGCAGCAGCAAAGGGGGGCGUGGGGGGGGGCGUGGAGGUGGGCGUGGUGGUGGUCGAGGCGGCUCUGGCGGUCGUGGUGGUGCGGGUCGUGGUGCAGUGGCGGCCUUCCCACCCUGUCAGUAUCUUCCCCUCUAUGGCCCCACCCGAGGCCAACGCUGCAAUCAAACCACUCAUGCGACUGAGACGUGCUUCAAGGGACUCAGCGAUGAGUGGUUCGCUCGUGGGAACUCUGGCACCCCUCCUCGCUGGUCCGCCCUCAACCCCCGCCCCACUCCCCUGGAUGUCCGCACCUCUCCCCUCUACGCCCAUUCCUCCUCCUCCCAGGCCCACCAGGCCUUUGCUCUCCCCUCCCAACAGCAGCAGCAGCAGCAACAGCAGCACCAACACCAGAUUCAUCUCGCCGUUUGGGAUGACGCGAACGUGCGGCGCGAUGGUGGAGUUGUGUGCGCGGAUGUUCCUAAGCGCGUUUCCGACGCCAUUCGCAACACGAAGGAAACGAAGAAGACGGCGCGUAAAGAUAAGGAGAGGGCUAUGGAGGAGGCGCUCACGUCGGUGGGCGGCCAAGGCGGAGCGGGUCCGAAGGCAAAGAAGGGGCGGAUGGAGCAUUGGUAUGGCGAGGGGGGGAUGUCGGCGAAGCGUGCGGCUGACGAUGCGAUUUGCCUCUUCGUCGCGGGGACGCGCUCGGCGGAGGUCAUUAGCGAGCACCCCCUCUUCCUCAACAUGCUGCGCGCCGUUAGCGCCGCCGGUGCCGGCUACGUUCCGCCCAAGGUGGGCUACGUUGGAGGCGCCGGGUUGCUGGCGUGCAAGCAGCAGAUUGAGAAGGGUUUGUCGCCCAUUACGAAGUCGUGGAAGGAGACCGGCGUGACGAUCGCGAGCGAUAUGAUGAAGGACAAGAGCGGGCGCGCGCAGAUGAACGUCGUCUUCAUCAACGCCAGUGGAGCGGUUUUCCAGGAGGCGUUCGACUGCAAGGCGGAGACCUUGUGA